UCGUCAAAACAGUAGCUAUAGUUUUAAAUAAACAUUACUUGAAAUUCCGCAAAAUGCUUUAAUCCGCAUGACGAACAUAUAUAUAAAAAACUCACACGUUACUCUUCUUUGUUUUUGUUUCUUUUUCUUUUUGUUUCUUUUCCUUCUCUGUCACUUCUGUACUUUUUCUUUUUUGUCUUUAUUAUGACUCCUCCCAUUCGCCAUCUAUCAGAUAUACAAAAACGUUUAUUUCAAAUCAAAGCUGAAAGGAAAAAAAGUUUUGCAGAUAUCGGUAAAGCAAUAGGUCGGGAUGAAGUAUACGUAGCUGCUAUAUUUUAUGGACAGGCAAAACCUAGUUUUGAUGAAAUAGAGAAAUUAUCAAAAUAUCUUAAUAUUCCAACAACUCAUCUCGCUGCAGAAUAUGGACCACAAUUUUUCCCUGAUCGUGGAGGUUUGAUGGCAAUUCCACCCACAGAUCCUGUAUUAUACAGAUUAUACGAAAUGAUACAAGUCUAUGGGUAUCCAAUCAAGGCUAUUAUUCAUGAAAAGUUCGGUGAUGGUGCUAUGUCUGCUAUUGAUUUUACAGCAAGUGUUGAAAAAGUGGAAGAUCCAAAAGGGGAUCGCGUCAAACUUAUAUUUGAUGGCAAGUUUCUACCUUACAAGAAAUGGUAGUAAUACCUUAGUUAGUUUGAUUACGUAGUAUAAUUACCUAUUCAAUAAAAGUCUUUAUGAAAUAAACAAUCACCCAUCACAAUAUAUGUAAAAUAACAUAAA